CGGAUCAGUAAGCUGACAUUGCUUGGCUAUUACGAAGAACACUAUAAGUAGAUUUGUUCACAAACCCACGCACAACUAACUAACCAUCCCCAUCAUGACAAUUCUUCUCACCGGCGGAACCGGACAGACAGGCAACCGGAUCGCUCGUCUUCUGCACGAUGCCAACCACCGCGUUCUCGUCACCUCUCGCAAGGGCGUCGCUCCUGCACCCUUCAAAGGCGUCAAAUUCGACUGGUACGACCCAUCGACAUUCGAGGGUGUCUUUGCCACCGACCCGAGCAUUGACCGGGUCUACCUCGUCUCGCCUCCAGGCAUUGUAGACGUGUUCUCUUCUAUGAAGCCGUUCAUCGAUCUUGCUGUACAGAAGGGCGUCAAGCGUUUUGUGCUCCUCGGUGUGUCGAUGGUGGAGUCGGGGCAACAGGCAUGGGGGAAAGUACACGAGUACUUGAGUUCGCUCAAAGUCGAUUAUGCAGUCAUUCGUCCUUCGUGGUUUUUUGAGAAUUUCUUGACAGUUCACCUUGGGACGAUCAAGGAGCUGAACACGAUUAUGAGCGCGUCUGGGGAUGGAAAGAUCGGGUUUAUAUCUGCAGAUGAUAUCGCGGAUUUGGCGGUUAGUGCGUUGACGGACGAGAAGAGCCAUAAUACGGACCAUAUUCUCCUGGGUCCUGAGCUGCUCACUUAUAAUGACGUGGCUGCUAUCUUCACGGAGGUGCUUGGACGGAAAAUUACCCACACACGCAUCACUGUCGAGGAGUUGAAGAAAGGGUACCUGUCUUUCGGUCUUCCGGAGGAUUUCGCCACGAUGCUCUCCUCUUUGGACGGUGAGAAUGCUAAAAAAGGCGGUGACGAGGAAGAGAAAUUCAUGUCAGCGAAGAAGGUUUCGGGGAAGAGGACGUUCAGGAGCUUCGUAGAAGCAAAUAAGGAUAGCUGGCUGCCGUGAUGUUGAGUACUGGUAACGGUAAAACGAUAUCUUCAUACACGUACAAUAACUAUGUUCUCUCACUUUUCCGAGAAUGAUAAUUCAAAGAACUGCAAGCAUUGAUAUCAGCCGUGUAUUGGUAAAGGAGCACAAAAAGCAUUACAUCAUUACCUUUACCAUAGUCGUAAUACUUUCGCUGCCAAUUUCUUGACAUGCUUUUAACCAAGAAUCUACAG